AUGGGUAUCUGCUUCAGUAAGAAGAAGAGCAAGAGACUGUGCUCUGCUACCACUCCUACUCAGAAUCCACCCGCAUCAAAACCUCUUCCACACCGACCUGCCGGAGCAGCAGCAACGCCACCGCGAGCCCAACAGCAGCAGGCACAAGCCGCUACCGUCCCAGGCAAGAAGCAGAUCUUUAUCGCCGUACCGAGCAAGGAGAAGAAGGCCCAACUGAAAGGAACCGAUGAACAAGCUGCAACGGGAGCGGCUGCCGCCGUUGCGGCUCACACAACGGACGCGGAGAAAACGAAAUCAGCGGCGCCGACAGCGGCUACAAAGCACAGGAAUGGACUCGCUAGUCCCCAGGAUGAAGAUUCCGGCAACGCCUCCACUGUCAGAACCUCCAGUUGCACAAAGGAGGAGGUCGAAUCUAUCCUUAUACAGUGCGGUCGUCUUAGUCGCAAUUCCUCCGCUGUCGAAGCCGGUUACCAUAGAUCCAGGAAGCGGAGCUACGACUUCGACUGCACUGACAGGAGUGUCGAGGAGGACAGAGAGAAGCCACAGCUCAACAGGGCCUCUCCCCAAAGGCACCGGAGAACCCUGAGCCGGGACAGAGAAUCUGGUGAACAGAAACGCCCUGGCAGCAGAGAGAGGGGGAGUGGCGGCAACGGAGGCAGGAGGGUGAGCCGAUCCCCUGGGAGGAGAUCGGAAAGCGUGGUGGCUUCCUCCUCCCAGGCCUCCUCAGCCCUUGAAAAGUCAAGGCAGACGCCAGGGAAGAUGGUUUCGGUCCCAGCAAGAGAGAAACCUAGCGUUUCUUCAGAAGCUGGUGGUGGAGGAAUGGGCUCGAGAAAGCCGCCCCCACCGUUUUCUCUGGCUGACGGCGGCAACAAGAGAGGCGGCGAGAUGAGGAGCGGCUCUCCUAGGUCCAGAUCUCCCGGUAAUCCCUCUAGAUCCUGUAACGAGAAUACACAUUCGCUGAGCCGGAGCUCGUCCAGAAAGGCCGAACAAUCGCCUUAUAGAAGGAACCCCAUGUCCGAAGUCGACGGCAACAUCGUCCUCAAGGUGGACCAACCGCCAUCCCUGAAGGCCGACCAGAUGUCACACAACGACAACAACAAAGCACAUAAUAACAGAAAAUCGGAGGAGGGGAUGAGAAAGCCUACAACCUCAAAUCACGUACAGGUGAGAUGAAAGAUCUGGUUCUCUCAAAGGCCUCUGAUCAAGUUCUAAAACUGUAUUUCUUUGUUUCCUGAUGUAUUUCAUUGUUGCUUUUACCGGUAGAAAAUCGGCGAGAACUCCGCCCCCCUGCGUAGGAAUGCAGUUGUGGAGGUAAUGAAUGUGGUGAACAGCAGCAGCACCACCAGCAGCAACAGCAGAUGCGUGAGGGAGCAGCUAUUGAGCUGCAGGGCGAAAGAGCAACUGCAACGGGCGUCAGAGGAACGUGAAGAGAUGCCGAGAAUGGUUCCCAAGGGUGGAGAAGUGGAAGUUCCGCCCAAUCCGAGGGUCAUAACAAGAAGCAGAUCUUCUAGGAGGUCUUCCAGGGAUCUCGACGCAAACCCGGACGACCUUCUGAACCAAACCUCUUACACAUCCUUGCUGCUUGAAGAUAUCCAGAACUAUCACCAACAGACAGCUGCUUUCUCCCUCCCGGCUUGUGUCUCGAAAGCCUGCUCCAUCCUCGAAGCUGUUGCCGAUCUCAACUCCUCUUUUGGCAGCAAAAUCUCCGAAACUGAUCGUUCCCGUGUCGACGAAGGACAUUAUCACUCUGUCAAAACUGGUAAGUUGGGACCGACGCAGGAUGAGUUCGUGGAAGCUGAAGCAGUCGUCAAAGAUGAUCUGAUGAGGCCGAGUCUUCACAAAUAUGUGUCCUCGCGGGAUUUGGGGGAAGACUUGGAGCCGCAGGAAUCAGCAGGAAGCAAUAGCUAUGUCGGUCAGUCAUGGGCGUCUCCGUGUGAACCUAACUCAGCCGAGUCCGCCGACCGUUGCUGGACGUCCUCGUGGUCGAACAAUGGGGCGGAGGAAAUCGGUGAGGAGUUCGGUCCUCGAGAGGCCCAGAAGCAGCAGCAUCACCAGAAACAGCCGUUGGAAACGAGUGAGAGAAGGUUGAGAAAGGGCGCCGCCGCGAAUAAUCAGAAUCCCUCGGCCGCCGCUACGUCGGGCAGCAAGAGAACAACGGAGUCCAGAAGCCGUCAUCAGCAGCCUGGGCGAGGCGCAAGCAGCAGCAGCAGCAGCAGUGGUAUCGGUGGAAGCGCCAAGGUGGCGGUGGGAGUUGUCUGA